GUCUUUCUAUAAAGAGAUACACAAUUGCGCGUGCGUCAAUUUGCUAGUCGUUCUUCUUGACACGCAAAAUUCACCCCGCUCUGGUUUGCUUUAGUGAAUCUUACUUUUUCAGAAUGCAGCAAGGCAACAAUCCAAGGCCAUCUUAUGGCGCUCCACCACAGAAGAGGUUCAGGAACGCUAAUGGAGGGGCUAACAACAGGAGAAAGCAGCCUAACUUCUCUGCUGACAUAGUGUUCACCACCAAGGCGGGAAAUGUGCAGACCAUCCCGUCCUUGACCAAACAGUUGAAGGCCAUCACUGGUGAGACUGUCAUUGGUCUUCAGUAUGUGUGGGAGUACCGCAGUCCCAGUAAGUCAGUCCCGCCGCAUUACCAGUGUAAACUCUGCAAAGUGAGCCGUCUGCAGACUGACAUGCUGGCUCACAUCAAGGGCUGGAAGCACUCCUUCAGAUACAUGAAGCAAAAUCAUUCUGCCAAGAUUCCCUUUGAGGAAGAUGCUGCCACAAAGGACCAUGACGUGAGGAAGAAGGUGAAAAAAGCAGCAGCAGAGCUGGAGAAGGCAGAGGGCAGGGGACAGCUGAAGGUGAUUCUGAAGGAGCCCAGUGAGGUCCAAGCGUUUGCAGGACUGCGUUCAGCAAUCCCCAACAUGGGACCACCAGGAGGGAUGGGAGGGCCAGGAGGGAUGGGAGCUAGAGGACCAAAACCAGGUGGCAGGUUUGCAGAGCCUCUGUUCCCAGGGGACUUCCCUCUCAAAGGCGGCCUCCUCAACUACCCCAUGGGUGGUAUGGGGGGGCUACUCUGACCCCCUGUCUCGCUCCACUCCCUCUACGGCCUUCCAGAAAAGGG